AUGGCUUCAUUACCUCCUCCCCCUCCACCUGGAUGGGGUGCAGCUCCUUCAAUGCCGCUGGCGCCGCCCCCACCAGGCUACCAACCACCCGCCGACCCGAACGUCGCAAAAUUUGCACAGAAGAAGAAUGAAUGGCUGCGCACGCAACGCAAUCGAUUCGGCGAGAAGCGCAAAGGGGGAUUUGUCGAAACACAAAAGGCGGACAUGCCCCCAGAGCAUUUGCGAAAAAUUGUACGAGAUAUUGGCGAUGUCUCGCAGAAGAAAUUCACGAAUGAGAAGCGUAGCUACCUCGGCGCGCUCAAGUUUAUGCCCCAUGCCGUCCUCAAGCUCCUGGAAAACAUGCCAAUGCCCUGGGAGUCAGCAAGGGAAGUUAAGGUGCUGUAUCACGUUAACGGUUGCUUGACCUUGGUUAAUGAGACACCCCGUGUCAUCGAGCCUGUCUUCCAUGCCCAGUGGGCAACAAUGUGGAUGUGCAUGCGUCGCGAGAAGAGUGACCGCAGACAUUUUAAGCGUAUGCGCUUCCCUCCAUUCGACGACGAAGAACCACCUCUUUCCUGGUCGGAGAACAUCGAAGACGUUGAGCCAUUGGAGCCCAUUCAGAUGGAACUGGACGAGGCGGAAGAUGCAGCUGUAUACGAAUGGUUCUACGACCAUCGCCCCCUCCUUGAUACCCCACACGUCAACGGCCCAAGUUACAAGAACUGGAACUUGUCUCUUCCUCAGAUGGCUACUCUCCAUCGUCUCAGCCAUCAAAUUCUGAGCGAUGUUGUCGACCAAAACUACUACCACAUGUUCGACCUGAACAGCUUCUUCACCGCCAAAGCUUUGAACGUCGCCAUCCCCGGUGGUCCUCGUUUCGAGCCUUUGUACAAGGACAUCGACCCUAACGACGAAGAUUUCAGCGAGUUCAACGCCAUUGAUCGUAUCAUUUUCCGUGCUCCCAUCCGAACCGAAUAUCGGGUUACCUUCCCAUUCUUGUACAACACUCUCCCCCGCAGUGUCAAGGUCGCUUGGUACUCUCAUCCCCAGGUGGUCUAUGUCCGUACUGAGGAUCCCAACUUGCCCGCCUUUUACUUCGACCCCGUCAUCAAUCCCAUCUCGUCCCGCUCCGUCGCCCCGAAAAACAUUACAGUCAGCCAUGAAGAUGAAAUAUUCGGGCCUGGCAGCAACGAAGAUGACGAAUUCGAGCUUCCUGGUGAAGUUGAGCCUUUCUUUGAGGACGAAGAACUCUACACAUCCGACACGGCUUCCGCGAUAGCCCUGUGGUGGGCUCCUCACCCCUUCGAUAAAAGAUCUGGCAAGAUGGUUCGUGCACAGGAUGUUCCGUUGGUCAAGCAAUGGUACUUGGAGCACUGCCCGCAAGGCCAGCCGGUCAAGGUCCGAGUCUCAUACCAGAAAUUGCUCAAGACGUAUGUUCUCAACGAGUUGCACAAGAGCACACCCAAGGCUCAGAGCAAACAGAAUCUCAUGAAGACUCUCAAAACGACCAAGUUCUUCCAGCAAACUACCAUCGACUGGGUUGAGGCUGGUUUGCAAGUUUGUCGCCAGGGCUUCAACAUGCUCAACCUGCUGAUUCACCGCAAGAACUUGACUUAUCUCCACCUUGACUACAACUUCAACCUGAAGCCCGUCAAGACAUUGACCACCAAGGAGCGAAAGAAAUCUCGCUUCGGAAAUGCUUUCCACUUGAUGCGAGAAAUCCUUCGCUUGACCAAGCUCAUUGUGGAUGCCCAAGUUCAAUACCGUUUGGGCAACAUUGAUGCCUUCCAACUAGCGGAUGGUAUCCUGUACGCGUUCAACCACGUGGGUCAGCUUACUGGUAUGUACCGUUACAAGUACAAGCUUAUGCACCAGAUCCGUUCCUGCAAGGACCUGAAGCAUUUGAUAUACUAUCGAUUUAACUCUGGUCCUGUUGGUAAAGGACCUGGUUGUGGUUUCUGGGCCCCGGCUUGGCGUGUGUGGCUCUUCUUUAUGCGUGGUAUUAUUCCCCUGCUUGAACGUUGGCUUGGAAACUUGCUUUCUCGUCAAUUUGAGGGUCGUCACAGCAAGGGUGUGGCCAAGACUGUUACCAAGCAACGUGUGGAGUCCCACUUCGAUCUUGAGUUGCGUGCCUCCGUCAUGUCUGACUUGAUGGACAUGAUGCCCGAGGGUAUCAAGCAGAACAAGGUCAACGUUGUUUUACAGCACUUGUCAGAGGCCUGGAGAUGCUGGAAGAGUAACAUCCCCUGGAAGGUUCCCGGCCUGCCCGCCCCUAUCGAAAAUAUCAUCCUUCGCUACGUCAAGAGCAAGGCCGAUUGGUGGAUCUCUGUCGCACACUACAACCGAGAGAGAAUCCGUCGCGGCGCUACUGUUGACAAGACCGUCGCAAAGAAGAACUUGGGUCGACUCACCCGUCUCUGGCUCAAGUCUGAGCAAGAGCGCCAGCACAACUAUCUGAAGGAUGGCCCCUAUGUUUCUUCAGAGGAGGCUGUUGCGAUCUACACCACCAUGGUCCAUUGGCUCGAGUCUCGCAAGUUCUCUCCAAUCCCCUUCCCCAGUGUUUCCUACAAGCACGAUACCAAGAUUCUGAUUCUUGCGCUCGAGCGGUUGCGCGAAUCCUAUUCCGUCAAAGGAAGACUGAACCAGAGUCAACGUGAGGAAUUGGCUCUCAUUGAACAGGCUUACGAUUCCCCUGGUACAACACUCGCACGAAUCAAGCGAUUCCUCCUCACACAGAGAGCCUUCAAGGAAGUCAAGAUUGACAUGAAUGAUAACUACAAUAAUAUCAACCCUGUUUACGAUAUCGAGCCCAUUGAGAAGAUCACCGAUGCUUACCUGGAUCAGUACCUCUGGUACCAAGCCGAGCAGCGCCAUCUCUUCCCCGCUUGGAUCAAGCCCUCCGACUCCGAAGUUCCUCCUCUCCUUACUUACAAGUGGACCCAGGGUAUCAACAACCUGUCCAACGUGUGGGAGACUGCCGAGGGCGAAACUAACGUGAUGAUCGAGACUGAAUUGUCUAAGGUCUAUGAGAAGAUUGAUCUCACACUUCUCAACCGACUGCUUCGUUUGAUUAUGGACCACAACUUGGCUGACUACAUCACUUCGAAGAACAAUGUUCAGCUCAGCUACAAGGAUAUGAAUCACACCAACAGCUAUGGUCUGAUUCGUGGUCUCCAAUUCUCUGGCUUCGUCUUCCAGUACUACGGCUUGAUGAUCGAUCUCCUGCUCCUUGGCCUGCAGAGAGCCAGUGAAAUGGCCGGUCCUCCCGGAAGUCCCAACGAUUUCUUGCAGUUCAGAGAUCGUGCUACAGAGACAAGACACCCCAUUCGUCUCUACACUCGUUACGUCGACAAGAUCUGGGUCUUCUUCCGAUUCCAGGCGGACGACUCGCGUGACUUGAUUCAGCGUUUUUUGACUGAGAAUCCUGACCCCAACUUCGAGAAUGUGAUUGGUUACAAGAACAAGAAGUGCUGGCCUCGCGAUUGUCGCAUGCGCUUGAUGCGUCACGAUGUUAAUCUUGGCCGUGCCGUCUUCUGGGAUAUGAAGAACCGUCUGCCAAGAUCAAUCACCACCAUCGAUUGGGACGAUACUUUCGCCAGCGUUUACAGCAAAGACAACCCGAACCUUUUGUUCUCAAUGAACGGUUUCGAAGUCCGAAUUCUUCCAAAGAUCCGGAAUAUGAACGAGGAAUUUUCAGUCAAGGAUAGUGUCUGGUCUUUGGUAGACAACUCUACCAAGGAACGUACGGCACAUGCGUUCCUCCAGGUCACCCAAGAGGAUGUUCAAAAGUUCAACAACCGUAUCCGACAAAUUCUCAUGUCUUCCGGUUCGACGACUUUCACCAAGAUUGCUAACAAGUGGAACACUGCUCUGAUUGCUCUCUUUACCUACUACCGUGAAGCUGCUGUCUCUACUGUUAACCUCCUCGACACUAUUGUCAAAUGUGAGACAAAGAUCCAGACUCGUGUCAAGAUCGGUCUUAACUCCAAAAUGCCUUCUCGUUUUCCCCCAGCGGUCUUCUAUACCCCCAAGGAACUUGGAGGUCUUGGUAUGAUCUCAGGAUCUCACAUCCUCAUCCCUACUAGCGACAAGCGCUGGUCCAAACAGACAGACACCGGCAUCACUCACUUCCGUGCUGGUAUGUCUCAUGACGAAGAGACCUUGAUUCCGAAUAUCUUCCGAUACAUCAUUCCCUGGGAAGCCGAGUUCAUUGACUCUCAACGUGUGUGGAUGGAAUAUUCGCAAAAGCGCAUGGAGGCCCAGCAACAGAACCGCCGCUUGACGCUGGAGGAUCUGGAGGACAGCUGGGACCGUGGUCUUCCUCGUAUCAACACACUGUUCCAGAAGGACCGAAGCACACUGAGCUUCGACAAGGGCUUCCGACUUCGCGCUGAGUUCAAGCAGUACCAGCUGAUGAAGAGCAAUCCAUUCUGGUGGACUAGUCAACGACACGACGGCAAACUUUGGAAUCUCAACGCCUACCGUACUGACGUCAUCCAGGCACUGGGUGGUGUAGAAACGAUUCUUGAGCACACCUUGUUCAAAGCAACAGCUUUCCCGUCUUGGGAGGGUCUGUUUUGGGAAAGAGCGAGUGGUUUUGAAGAGAGUUAG